AGAAGCUAUCAAUCUUGUUAAUGUAACAAAUUCAUAUACUAAAAUAUUUAAUUUCGGACAAAAUGACAUCAAACUAAAAAUCUACUCUAUGUUCGUAUUAGUUAAAAGAAGUCAACAAGUCAAUGAAAAAAAAUCCAACAGCAAUGCUCUUGUCAUCUAAUUAAAUAAAUGAAUAUUAAUUAUGUUACAAAAAAUGAAUAUUAAUUAAUAAUUAAUUAGCACAAUGUUAAAAAUAAUAAUCAAAAGGAAGAAGAUUACGGAAGCGGUAAUCUUGUAAUUGGGUCGUCCUAUAAGACUAGUCGGUAACACACCACACCUCACAAAGCUUAUCUUCUCGUUUAAACUUUAACCCUCCAACACUCUUCUCUUCCUCUCUCUGUUCUGCCUGCUCCACUUCUCUCUCUCUUUCUCAAACUUAGUGAGAGAAAGUGUUAAAUUUGUCUUAUUUAUGCGAUAAGGACCACUUCCACUCUAUAAAAACCUCAAAAUAACUUACUCUCCCAUCUCUCUCUUCUUUAACUCUUCCCCAGUCAGAAAUUGCAAUCCACCAUCUCCAAGAUUCGAUCUUAUAACUGUCUUUUUAACAGGAUCCAGCAGCUUAUUACCAGUCCAUGAUGGCGAAACAACUACAUCAGCAGCAACAACAACAACCGCAAUUUCCGGACCAAGAACAGCUAAAGUGUCCUCGCUGUGACUCACCCAACACUAAGUUCUGUUACUACAACAACUACAACCUCUCACAGCCCCGUCACUUUUGCAAAAGCUGCCGACGUUACUGGACGAAAGGCGGCGCUCUCCGCAACGUUCCCGUCGGUGGUGGUUCUCGCAAGAACGCGAAACGAUCCACCUCUUCCUCUACUUCUCCUUCCAACUCCCACAAGAAGGCCAAAACACCUGAUCCGGAUCCUGGUUCGCAAAAGGAAACCAACCCGGAUACGGAUCCGACCCGGAUGCUGUACGGGUUUCCCAUCGGGGACCAAGACGUGAAAGGUAUGGAGAUGGGCGGUGGUGGUGGUGGGAGUUUCAGCUCGCUUUUGGCGUCGAAUAUGCAGCUGGGUCUUGGCGGGAUCAUGCUCGACGGGUCGGGUUGGGAUCCGGGUAUGGGGUUGGGCAUGGGCUUGAGGAGGAGUGAAGCGGGUAACGGGGGAGGUUGUAGCCCGUGGACCGAUCUGGCUAUGAACAGAGUGGAGAAAAACUGAGAUGAAGAAAACGAGGGGUAUUUUCGUAAAUUAUGGAUAUGCAAAACUGAUUUUAGAUGGCUUGAGUCAUCACAUAGACAGUGAACAGGUUCGAUGUUAUGUCAUUUUGGUAUUAUAUUCCUCCUGUUACUACUACUCCCUUUUGUUAUUUUAUUUAUAAUGCAGUUUGUUAAAAUUCUAAUCUUUGUUUUUAAAAUGCUUACUAUAUAUAGUUAAGGACUUGCAUUAA